AUGGAAGCCUCCAAGGCAGAGAAGCACGAGGCCCAACAGAGGCAAGAGAUUGCUCUUCAGGUGUUGGAACAAGCAGAGAAUAAUGCCAGCGCGGAGAGUUUCACCAAUGCCCAACUCCGGCAUCUCCUCUGUUGGAAGAUGGGCUCAAAGACAAUACCAGGAGCUCUGAAAAACAAGCCUGAGAAGGUAGCCAAAUGGAAGCAACUCAAAAACAAAGAGCCUCCUUCCUUUGAGCCAUGGUCGGAAGCUGAUGAGGAAGAGCUAAUUCAGUUGAAAGAGAAGAUUGAUGGAGACAUUGCCCUCGGUGACACCUCCUACGGCCGGCAGAGGGCCAAUGAAGUUAACAAGGCCAGAAGUCUUCUCCGUGGCCUUUCCAAGGCUGACAAGGAAGCUUUUCUGAAGAGUAUGGAUGAAGAUAAUGGAGACGAUGAUGGAGACGAUGAUGCCAGCAGCGACUCAGAGUGA